UAAGUGCCACAUUCUUAAACACCUCCAGGGACGGUGACUCCACCAACUCCCUGCACAGUCCACUCCAACGCCUAAUCACCCUUUCAGUAAAGAAAUUCUUACUAAUGUCCAACCUAAGCUCCCCUUUGCACGUUCAGGCUGUGUCCUGUGGUCACGGCUGGCCGGUGCCGGUGCCGGUGCGGUGGCACCGCCUGCCGGCAGAUGCCGGGACGCGCCGGGCGGGCGGCGGAAGGGGCCGGGCGGCGGAAGGGGCGGCGGAAGCGGGCGGUGGAACGCGGCGCUCGGCCCGCCCCUUCCGUCGGCGGGGCGGCGGCGGCGGCACAUGGGCAAGAAGCGGAGCGAUGGGCUCGGGCGCUGCCUGCAGCGGCAGCGCGGGCUGGAGCGCCGCGGCGCCUCCUCAUGGAGCGUCUGAAUGCCCAGAUCGUGUCUGCCCAGAGCUGCACGGGCCUGCUCACAGCACAGGAGGCCCAGCGCGUUCGGCAGCUGCACCAGGAGAAUCAGGAGUUCCUGCGCAUCCCACGGAGGCCACACUGGGAUAGGACAACCAGUGCAGAGGACUUGAAGCAAGCAGAGAGAGAGAGCUUUCUCGAGUGGAGGCGACAGCUUGCCCACCUUGAGGAAGAGAAAAAGUUAAUUCUAACCCCAUUUGAAAGAAACUUGGAAUUUUGGCGUCAGCUUUGGAGAGUCAUUGAAAGAAGUGAUAUUGUAGUCCAGAUAGUAGAUGCCAGAAACCCUCUUCUGUUUAGAUGUCAAGACCUGGAAAGUUAUGUUAAGGAAGUCAGUAAUGACAAGGAGAACAUGAUCCUGAUCAACAAAGCAGAUUUGCUAAGUGAGGAGCAGCGUGCUGCUUGGGCACAGUUCUUUGAGAACGAGGGUGUCAAGGUGGUGUUCUGGUCAGCUUUGGCAGAGUGUGAACGGCUGUGUGGAGAAGCAAAGGUACUGCAGGAACUGGGCUCUGAGGGGGGAGCAGAGCGCCUGAGCAGUUCUGAGGAUGAAGGCUCCAGUCAGGAAAAUGACAGCACAGCACAAGGAAGCGCAGAAAGAGCAUCCACAGGCAGCACUUGGCCAAGUGCAAACCAGCUCCUGGGGAGUGAUGAUAACAGCAGUGAUGAAUAUGAAGACUGUGAAGAUGGUGAAGAGGAGGACUGGCAAACCUGUUCUGAAGAUGAAGCUAGUGACAACAUAAAUGCUGUUGGUCCAGAGAGGAUGGAAGGCAGGACUGAUGGUGCUGCAGUGCAGCACAGAGUGCAGGAGCGGAGCAGGAACGUCAGGAACUUCAGCCAUCUGGUACAGAGAAAUGAGCUGCUGGAGAUAUUCAAAACUAUGCACAAUGGACCAAGGGUGAAGGAUGGGGAAGUAAAUGUUGGGCUGGUGGGUUACCCAAAUGUUGGCAAAAGUUCAACCAUCAACACAAUCCUUGGAAAUAAGAAGGUGUCAGUGUCUGCUACACCAGGCCGUACAAAACACUUCCAGACCCUGUAUGUGGAGCCUGGCCUGUGCCUUUGUGAUUGCCCCGGCCUGGUGAUGCCGUCUUUCGUCUCUACCAAGGCAGAAAUGAUUUGUUCUGGAAUUCUGCCUAUAGAUCAGAUGAGGGACCAUGUUCCAGCUGUUUCUCUAGUUUGCCAGCAUAUCCCACGCAACAUUUUGGAAGCAACCUAUGGAAUAAAUAUCAUAAGGCCAAGGGAAGAUGAGGACCCAGAUCGAAAGCCAACAGCUGAAGAGCUGCUAACAGCAUAUGGAUAUAUGAGGGGCUUUAUGACAUCUCAUGGACAGCCAGACCAGCCGAGAUCAGCUCGAUAUGUGUUAAAAGAUUAUGUCAGUGGGAAGCUGUUAUAUUGCCACCCACCACCUGGUAUUGACCCAAAUGAUUUUCAGCACCAACACCAAAGAUGCCCUGACAGUACAACUGUGCAGGCCACUGGACAGAUGAAGCCUGAGAAAAAUACCAAAGCAAAACAAAUUGAAAAUGUGGUGGACAAAACUUUUUUCCAUCAGGAGAACGUCCGUGCCCUGAUGAAAGGGGUCCGGGCUGCCAUGGGCUACCGGCCUGGGAGCGGCCUCGUGCCUGCCGCUGCACCCAAUCCUGCCAACGUGGUAGGAAAGCCCUGGAAAAAACAUGGAAACAGGAACAAGAAGGAGAAAAUCCGCCGGAUCACGAAGCACCUGGAGGCUUAGCUGUGGCAGCACUGUCAUGCCUUUUCAGCACAGGGACUGCACUGUCUCACAGGCCUUAAUUGAGGGGGAAAAAAACAGAUAAGUGGGCAUCACUAGCUCACCUGGGAGCUUUCUGCAGUGGAUUGGCCUGGCAGGGGAUGAGCGUGGGCUCUGGUGGCUGGAGUUCAUCCCUUCUGAGAACAAAAGAGACCUGGCUGUUGGUGUUAUCUGGAAGCCAGCCCAGACGUUUGACUGCUGCUGAAACAUCCUUUCAAUGGGAGCAGAUGGAGCUGUGCAGGAAUAUUUUUUCCUUCCAUAAAGGAUGUAUUUUAUAGCUGUUGCAAUCAAAGCAAGUCCUGGUAAAACUGACUAAAAUCUUUAAACAGUUGAAUUUCAAUGAGUGAUGUUUGUUACAUUUUGAGACACUAUUGCUCUUUUUUUUUUCCCUUUUUUUUCUUUUUUUUUUUUCUGGUCUUAAAGGCUUGUUUGUUGAUUUGACAAAUGAGGUAGAAUGAUCUUUACUGCCCUCUUCCUUCUCUGCUAUUCUCAGUCCUAUUCUGUAGACUCUGUAACCACUCCCUAUUUCCCUGCUUGAGCAGAGCACAGCACACUGUGCAUGGAAAAUGUUGCUUUUAUAUCCUUUACACUGAGCUGGUAUCAGUUGGUUUUGUGUGACUUCCCACUAGUAUUUUAAAACAUUGGCUCCAUAUGACUGGCUAAAAAUCUGGUGCUAAUUUGUCCUUAGAUAUACUUGAGGUUUUACUUCUUGUAUGUGUCUCAUGUUUUGUCUCAUUGCCCUAAGACAGAGAACUGUCUAUGAGCAGAUUUUAAUUGAGUACAUGAGUAUUUGAUGCUAAAAAGACUUUACUUACCUGGAGUCAGAUUAAAGUGAGAUUUACUUCUCAGCUGCCCUACUUGCUCAGAGCUCUUCAUUCCUUGUUCAGCACAGGGGGUAAUGAUAGGACUGGAAAAGCUCACGAAGACGAGUCAUGCUUUGUUUUUAGGUGGUGGAAGGAAUAACACAUGAUGCUGGUCUCUUGAUGCUAUAAAAGGGGAUUGCUGUCUUGUAAUUCUGUACUUUCCAGGCUUUAAAUGUGGAUGGAGAGAUGAAAGCAACUGCUGAGCAAAGCCACAGCAAAUGUGGGGUGCCACAAAGCCGGGUCACCAAGCCAGUUUUGGCUUUGUGACCCUUUGUGUGUGUCCUGUACAGCCAGUUUGCACAGGAUCCCCUGACAGCAAAGCUCUCACCUCAGCUCCUGCUUCCCCUGGAGUGCCUGUUCUCGUGUCCCUAAUUCCAUCACUGGAGGGAGGAUAGUUCCCUGCCAUAUGUAAAGUAUAAUUACAGUGAAUUAAUCUGGUCAAUGGUGUUUUAAAGCAAUGUGCCGCAGCAGAAAGUAGAUUCUCAGGAGAGACUGUUUAAUCUUCUGUUAAUCUGUUUAAUCUGUUCUCCUGGAGAAGGUGAUCUUUGCCAUUGUUUCCUGAAAAGGUUGUGCCUUAGCCAAAUCACUCUGAUCUGGCUUCUCCACCCUCCUUGCAGGAAAGGUAUCUGCUUUUGUUCCUUAAAAUGCUUUAGGGACUUGAUUGCUCAGAAACAUUUCUUUCUUUUUGUUCUGUUUUGUGUGAACCUAUUGCCUGUCAAACUGGAGUAUCUUUUAUUGAAGAUGUAAAAACA